AUGACGGACUCACUGUCGUCAAGUGAAAGCGCACUAGGCCUCUUGAUCCACGCUCUUCUGCCGCUCCUGACUGUCUUCCUGUUUGGGGGUUUCAACGUCUGGAUCCACCCGUUGCGUCAUUACCCUGGACCGAUCUUAUGGCGAGCCUUCCGAUUGCCUUACGUGGUUGCAAUGCACAAAGGGCAGCUACACAAGCGUUUGAAGGAGUUCCAUACGAUGUACGGUUCUAUCGUCAGAAUUGCGCCUAACGAACUCUCGUAUGCGGACAGCUGGCCUUUCCACAGAAACAGGACCUGGUUCAAGAAACAUACUCCAGACGGGUUGCACUCAAUUAUGGGCUUCGAUGAGGCCUCUCACGCACGGUACAAACGCGCGUUUGUAAACGCCUUCUCUGAUAAGAGCCUCAGAGACCAAGCGCCAAUCGUGGAAGGAUAUGUUGACCUGCUCGUAUCGAAGCUGCGACAAUCAACAUCCAAGAUCGCGGAAUUGGAAGACGUAUUCCAAUCUUUAGCAUUCGAUAUUGGUAGCGAACUCUCCUUCGGUGAAUCAUUUGAUUCUACCAAGAGUGGAAAGACACAUCCUUGGGUUGAGGUCGCCAAGGACUUUGGCAAAGGUCUUGCACUCAUAGCCUCGAUCAACCAGUACCCGCCAGUCGAUCAACUUCUACGCUUCGUCAUCCCGAAGAAGGUUCUCGCGAAGAUGAAAGAUCAUGCAAUCAUGAGCAAUGCUAUGUCACAGAAGCGUCUAGCCAUGGACACCGACCGGCCUGAUUUCGUGACUCCAACAAAGAAGCAUGUGGAAGCGAAAGGAGGCAUAGGACCUGAAGAAUGGGGAAUAAAUCUCAUGAUCUUGGUCUUCGCGUCGAGCGAGACCAUAGCUACGGCUUUGGUGGGAAUCUUCCGCCACUUGGUCCAACAUUCAGGCGUUUUACAACAUCUGACUACUGAGCUCCGCACCACAUUCUCCUCCGAAGAUGAGAUCCGCAUAGAUCCGACGAUGUAUCUUCCCUACCUCGAUGCAGUCAUCAACGAAGGCCUGCGUCUGAAUCCACCUGUCGCUAUAGGCGCUCCGCCCAAAGUUGUGCCCAAAGGAGGGGACACAACCUACGUAUCCUACAAUCAAUUCGCGGCCAAUCGACAGGCCUACAACUUCCACCUCCCCAACACCUUCCUCCCCGAGCGCUUUCUGGCAUCCCACAAUCACCCCAAAGAUGACAUGACGAGUUUCAACCCGUUCAGCGUUGGCCGGCAUCAGUUUAUUGGCCUGAAGCUGGCAUACGCGGAGAUGAGAAUUAUUGUAGCGAGGAUGAUAUUUGCGUUUGAUCUAAAAUUGGCAGAUGAAAAGGACAGGUUCGACUGGGGCGAGCAGGAGACGUAUAUAUUCUGGAAGAAGAGACCGUUGAACGUGGUUCUCUUUCCUACGAAGGAGCUUAGUUGA